AUGUAUAUACUGGUACUAUAUAUGGACAACAUCGGACCUGCAGUGGACAACAUCGGGCCUGCAGUGGACAACAUCGGGCCUGCAGUGAACAACAUCGGACCUGCAGUGGACAACAUCGGGCCUGCAGUGGACAACAUCGGGCCUGCAGUGGACAACAUCGGGCCUGCAGUGGACAACAUUAGGCCUGCAGUGGACAACAUCGGGCCUGCAGUGGACAACAUCGCAACAUCAGUUAUUACAGACAAGAUGGUACGAAAACAAAGCGCAGGAAAGCAUUGGAUUACCAAUGGACGGACAGUCAGGAACGAUCAUAAUAGUAUCCGCUAUAAAAGAGAUUAUGCAGCUUGUGAAGAGGUGUCUAAAUGUAUCACCAGGAGGAACGGUAAUAUAGGGCGAGAAGAAGAAGAAGAAAUCGAGUCUGAGUUCCACAAUUAUUUAGAUGACGGAAUGUUACAGUUUACAAAAUGUUUUCGAGAUGAUCCAGGUGUGAAAUAUAGUUUAAAUAAAAGAAAGAGAUGGGAACUCCCUGAAAUGCUAAGACAGAGUGUUUUAGAUCGAGAACUACAUAAAGACCUAGAAUUUCGAGUUAUCAUGGAAGAAAAGCAUGAUGGAUAUGGACUGUUCUCAUCAAAAGGAGGCAGUAGGCCUAAUUGUAUUAAAGUGUGCGAUGGCAAGUCUGAUAAUCCUGUAAAGAAACCAAAGAAACACAAAUAUGCUCAAGCUAGAGACUUCUUGGCAAAGCCUAAGCCUCCAAGACGACAACGCCAACAACGUGAGGAGUUUGAUAAUACUGAAUUGGAAGAUGAAAUUACUCUGAAAUACAUCAUCAAUCACCCAGUGCCACCCAAUCAGCAUCCAGUAUGCAGAGAAACAUCUAAAUCAUUUGGAUGGAAGAAAGACUUUGCUUAUUGUCACAAAUCAGCAUGCAAAUCAAAGAGCGAAAAAGUUCACAACUAUAUGUAUUGGCAUGGACAUAGCAUUAAUGAAUUGAAGACCAUGCGUAAGGAGCACAUUGAUGACCACAUAGAUUAUGACGUUUAUAUAGAUACUAAAAAUUCCUGCCAGAAACCAGACAUGCCGAGCAUCAGCAGUAUUAUGCAUAAUGCCCUACAAAGAGAUGAACUUGUGAAUAACCCUGCAAUUACAUUACAGCAUAGAAAACUGAUUGAACAUUUACCAAACAAUACUAAUAUGGCAACAUCUACUCCCAUAAAAAUGCACCACAAAGGAUCUACUGUAUUUUUUGAAGAGAGAGAAGUUGAAACAAAUAUCCAAGAAAGUAAAGAUGAAGUUCAAGAUCUAAGCAUUAUUGUGCCACCAAAACAAAGUGAUGCUGCCAUUAACAUUGAUAAACCUAGUAUUGUUCUAAAGGCUCACUCAGAAAGUCUCAACCUGAAAGAAGUAAUUAAUGGAUUUGGUGAUAGUUACUUAGAAGGAUUCUCAGUUCCUCAUAAAUUCAGCGUUGAUAUCACUUCAUCUGUUAUUGCUUCUAUGUAUGACAGAGGGGAGACUAAGUUGGCAAAACAGUUACAGGAUUUUGGAGAUCCAUUAUAUACAGUGUUUGAUGAAACAGGAAUGAGAGAUGAUGACGAUGACAUCAAGAGAAUAAGGGUUUCUUUAUUUGGUUGUAAACAUUCUUUCCACGAUCAUUUACAAACUAUGUUGGAUAGUUAUUACAAGGUCAAUCAUGUGUAUACUGUUGCUGAAAUAAUUGAGAUGAUGUUGAAUGUGAUUGAGUCAUCACCAGUACAAAGUAUCAUGGUGAAUUAUGGCACAGUUAGAAAAAUUCCCAGUAAUUUGGCUUCCAGCUGUAUAACAUUUGAUAGGUUAAGAUCAGUUGCUGGAUGGCACACAGAAUCAUUAACUACCUACCAAGCAUAUCAAGAUAAUAUAAAAGCUUCUGCUAAUGAGAAUGAACACCAGAAUAUAAUCAAUGUAGACAUAACAACUCAACAAGAAUACUGUGCUAUUUGUUAUGAUGAUAUCAGUGACCAUGAUGGUACUUGCCUGAUGAGAUGCCGACAUUGGUUCUGUAAUACAUGCUGGAAAAUGCAUCUUGCUUCUAGAGUCAGACAGGGGGAUAUGAAAAUCAUGUGUCCCGAAUACAAGUGUGGUGAAGUUGUUGACAGAGUAACCUUGAUGUCUUUGAUGUCAGUCCACCAAUACAACUCGUACAUCAGACAACAGAAUGAAGCUUAUCUAAAUAGUAAUGAUAAAUACCAGUGGUGUCCAUCUCAAACCUGUGGUAGAAUAGUCAAGGUGGAUUGUACAUCUACAGCUGCUGUGCCUGUCAACUGUGUAUGUGGCAGAGCCUGGUGCUCUAAAUGUAAAGAAGAACCACACUGGCCAGCAACAUGUCAACAGGCAUUUGAAUAUUUAGAGCUGAGAAAGGAUAAAGGUGACGAUAAUACAUUUACUACUCGUGUCAUCAAUUAUGUUAGAGUAAAAAAAUGCCCGUUUUGUAAACUGCAAAUGGAGAAGAAUGGUGGCUGUCCGCAAAUGAGUUGUCGCUGUGGAGAGUCCUUCUGCUGGUCAUGCCUAGCUGCAUGGUCGAAACACUAUGGUCGUGGUGGUUGGAAGUGUCCUGUAUCGUCACAUGACAAUUUUGAGACUGUCUACCUUGUUGAUGCUACUAAUGUAAGGUUCUGUGUUGAGUUUUAUAAUAUUUCAAUUCGACAUCAUAAAGCCAGGAGGUAUGAUAAGCUGAGAAAAUUUAAAGUCGCCGCACGUAGUCUUUGCUCAAUUUUGCAAUCUAAGAAAACAAAAGCUUCCAGAAAACUAAGUAGGAAGGUGUACCCAUCAUUUGGAUCUGUUUCUGAUGUAAGCAGUGAUACAUCAGGAUAUAGUUCAUCUUCUGAUGAUGAAGAGUUGGGUGACUACAAACAACUGGCUACUAAGAUUUGUAAAUUAUAUUCUGAGAUGGUCUACUUAGCAGAGCACAUUGCUGUUCUAUGUGGUAAUUGCUCUAAUAGGAUGAGAAGUAGCUCUGUAUUACUGAUGAUGUGGGAAGUGGAAUUUAUUAUCACUAGACUCACCCAGAUUGUCACUGAUGGAGAGGGUAAAACAAUGGACAAUUUACACCUGACAUUGAACAACUUGUGUAGGAUGAGUGAAAAAGUUAUAAAAACAUUGUUAAAUUCUGUACCAUACAUACAUGAUAGAUUGGGCAAAUUAAACCAAAAACCUAAAUCCAUUUCUAAGUAA